GAGGGGAAAGAAAUGGCUUCUCCAGUCGUCCAUUUUGAUCAAACGACGGAAGAUCUCAACGGUAAAACGCCUGCUCAGCUCGGCUGGGCGGCGCUCCACCGCCGUUGUGCCGCCGCCACCAUCACCACGAGCCAACUGUUUUCUGAUUCUCCCAAACGUGUUCUUCCUUUCCUUCACUUCUUCGUGGGGACCCAGUAAGAAAGAGAGUAAGAGCGCGAGGAGGCAUGGCGUGCAUCUCUCCGUCAAGAAUUGCCGGCUCCUGUUCCGGCAGGCGACGCGCUCCUCCUCCUACUGUGGCCGUUGGACCGCCGCCUCCUUCGCAUUGGCCUUCCUACCUUCUGCGAGUGCCGGCGAUGCGCCCUAGCCUCAGCGUCCGGACCAGGCGCUGCAAGGGCCCCCGAAGCCGCACACCCAUCAUCGUUAGCUCCAAGCUCUUCUCCAAACCCUCCGACGCCGAGGGCUUCGUGUCGCCCGAGAAUCCCGGGGGAAACGAGGAGUACGGCUUGCCGUUGGGGCCGGAGCCAUGCCGCGGGGUACCGGUCUUCGUGACGCUGCCGGUCGACGCGGUCGACGCCGAGGGCAGAAUGACGAGGCCGAAGGCUAUGGCCGUGAGCUUCCUAGCGUUGAAGGCCGGAGGCGUCGAGGGCGUCGUUAUGGAGGUCUGGUGGGGGAUCGUGGAGAGAGAGGGCCCUGGCAUCUACGACUGGAAGGGUUACCGUGAUGUCGUCGCGAGGGCCGCCAAGUGUGGGCUCAAGGUCCGAGCGAUCAUGUCAUUUCACCAAUCUGGCCGCGGCUUCAGGGUACCACUUCCUCGAUGGGUGCUGCAAGAAAUGGAUAAAGAGCCAAAUCUGUCAUAUACUGACAAGGCUGGAAGGAGAGACAGGGAAUGCCUGUCCUUGGGGUGUGACAUGCUUCCUGUCUUAAAUGGUCGAUCUCCAUUGCAAGCAUAUUCUGAUUUCAUGAGGAACUUCAGGGACACAUUCAAGGGGUAUCUGGGAGCUGUCGUCACAGGAAUUCAGAUUGGCAUGGGACCUGGAGGUGAGCUUAGAUAUCCAUAUUUUCCUUCUGAACCAUUGAGAAUGAACUCAGAAGACUUUGGCAAGUUUCAGUGCUUUGACAAGUUCAUGCUUGCUUCGUUGAGGGCCUGUGCUAGGGCAAUUGGGAAGGAUGACUGGGGAAAUGGUGUUCCUUUUGAUGUGAUGGACUUUGAAGAGAAUGGUCCACAUCAAACUAGUUUUUUCAGGAAUGAAGGAUAUUGUGAUUCACCUCAAGGGCGAUUUUUCCUUAGCUGGUAUUCUGGUAUGCUCCUUCUUCAUGGUGAAAGAUUGUGCAUGGCAGCUGAGACUAUAUUCCAUGGAACUGGUGUAAGGCUCUAUGGUAAGAUUGCUGGGAUACAUUGGCAUUAUACAACGGCUUCACAUCCUCUGGAGCUUACUGCUGGUUACUACAACACCUCCACAAGGGAUGGCUAUCUCCCCAUUGCACGUAUGUUUGGCAGGCAUGGGGUGACUUUGUGUUGUACAUGCUUUGAUCUCCGUGAUGCUGAAGAGAAGAAGACGAACACAAACAGCAGUCCAGAAGGGUUGCUUAAGCAACUCAUGUACGCUGCCUUCUCUGCAAAUAUACCCGUGUCUGGUGAAAACUCGCUGCCAUAUCUGGAUGAUGCCUCCUGUAGACAGAUCUUGAAGACCUCCAAGAUGUAUCCAGAUGGCUACCAUGAAAGUCCCUCCUCUUUCAAUUUCGUGAGGAUGGAUAAGAACAUGUUUGGCGGUAAAAGCUGGUCCCAGUUUUUGCGGCUGGUGAAGGAGUUAUCCCAUGAAAGAAAUGUAAAAGACCAUUUUAAUUCCAGACGAACUGAAUCUCAUCUAUCCUUCAAAUCAUCGGUUGAAAGGUGUGGAAGAGCUGUGGCAUACUAUUAAAAUGCCAACGCUUCUCUGUAGCAUUUACAAUUCUGUACAUCGGCAUACGCCUGUUGAUCAUUGCAAUUGUGAUCUUUUUAUGCGCACUUGCGUGCCUUCUAAGAAUCUCCUUAACGUGAUUA